AUGCCGUCGGUUCUCAAGGUCUCCCGUCAAGCUGUUCUACGACCGUUCCGAAAGUGUACCCGUGGAAUAAUAUACUCCUUCGCCACCGCGCCUUUCCGCCCCCUUGUUCUCCCGCAGCAGGCCAAUGGCACACGAGGCAUGAAGCGCGCCAGCACUUCCAAACCUCGACCUAAGCUUCCAGAGUACUGCGAGGUAGAUCCCAGGCGAGAUGAAACCGGCAAGCCCAUAUGGCCUGCGCCCGCAGAAGCCAUCGAGAGGGUCAGGACACUGAUAAGAGAAUGUGCAGCAAGUGGCAAGAGGACCUUGAUCGUGCCGGACAAAGAUGCCGACGGCCUAUCGUCCGGAGUCACGCUGUAUCGCACUUUGACAACGCUGGGUCUCGACAAGUCUUUAAUCGACGUGCAUCUGGUCCAGAAGGGCUCAAAUAUCCAUCUCCGGUCGGAGAGAGAGGCCAUGGCAGCCAAAGACCCAGCUUAUGUAUUCGUCCUGGACCAAGGGUCAGUGGCAGGCCCUCCGGUGGUUGACUCCCCGACGACGAAAUCGAUCAUAAUCGAUCAUCAUUUGAGCGACCAAUUUCCUGAAGGCGCCGAGGUCGUAUCUGCAUGUCACUAUCCGCCUGUUUCGACUACGUCACUUCUGACCUACGAGAUAUGUAAGACCCUUUCUGACGGGAUUGAAUCUGCUUGCGCGUAUCUUGCCUGUAUUGGAACGCACGGGGAUCUGGGCAACACUCUCAAAUGGCUACCACCGUUUCCUGACAUGAAAGAAACUUUCAAGAUCUAUACCAAAAAAUCCAUCAAUGACGCCGUGUCCCUCGUCAAUGCUCCUCGCAGGACAUCAAAGUACGAUGUCAUUACCGCCUGGACAGCGCUUCUGGAAUCGACUAGCCCAAAAGAUCUAUUGAGCAAUGGCAGACUCCAAAGUGCCCGUGCCGAAAUCAACGAAGAGGUCGAACUCAAUACGCAUACACCGCCAAAGUUCAGCUCCGACGGCCGCAUUGCAGUUCUCCGUAUCCAUACACCGGCUCAAGUGCACCCGGUCAUCGCUACGCGUUGGGCUGGCUAUCUGAAUUCAAAAGCCUUGGAGAUCGUGGUCUGUGCAAACUCUGGAUACCUGCCUGGAGUGGUCAAUUUCUCCUGUCGGAUUGCUCGCAGUGCCAGGUCUCGGGAUCCGCCAGUAAAUAUCAUUGAAAGUCUGAAAGCUGCAGCCGAUCUUUCAACAGAUGGUCUUAGAGACCGGCUUGGAGAAAGUUUCGCCAGGGGGCACAAAGAAGCCAGUGGAGGCGUAGUGCCUGUUGCAGCAUUUGAGGAGCUGAUGCAACUUCUUAGAAUAGGCGAGAAGCCUGAAAAGAAAGAUGGUGGAGAGGACCCCAAGCCCAAAAAGCUCAAAACAGUUGAAAAGAGCCCUCAGAAGAAUACCCUUGGGAAUUACUUCCGCAAAGCCUGA